UACAAAUCUAUUACAUUUAUUGAGUUUAACAAAAUGUUGAGAAUAGAAGUUCCACCGCUGAUGAAAAACAUCCUGAAAGAGAUAAACAAGGCAGUGCUAAAAGCGCAGUCUUCGUUUGAAGACCCAGACAAAAUCAUGACUCACGACGAAAUAGUGGAGUUCCUGGCAGUGUACCUUAAUACUAUGUCGAGGUUAAGAGACAGCACUGGCGAGAACCCGCUUGAAAUGACAGUCGAUAUUGAGGAAUUUGAGGACCAAGGAGAUUUUAUUGAUCUACAUAUCACAGAAUCUGACUACACCAGUUCAACUAAACCUGAUCCCACAAUAUCAAGUAUAGCGAGCUUAACGAAGAGUGCAAACGCUAAUUCUCAAUCCAGCUUGGAAAGCCAAAAAUCUGCUGAGAAAUCUCAACUUGCUGAAAACAAACCAGUAGUUCAGCCAGAGAGCGAUGGUACUGAUCUUCCAGCAAGUGUCACUAGCUUACAACAGUCUCAGCCAUCCCUAGAGAAGUCAGAAGAGAAACCAUCAGAUGUUCCUCUUCCGGAGAAGUCAGAAGAGGAACCUUUAAAAGAACCUCUUCCAGAGAAGUCAGAAGAAGUACCUUUAGAAGAACCUCUUCCAGAGAAGUCAGAAGAAGUACCUUCAGAAGAACCUCUUCCAGAGAAGUCCGAAGAGAAACCAUCAGAUGUUCCUCUUCCAGAGAAGUCAGAAGAGGAACCGUUAAAAGAACCUCUUCCAGAGAAGUCAGAAGAAGUACCUUCAGAAGAACCAAUUCCAGAGAAGUCAGAAGAGGAGCCAUCAGACGCUUAAUCUGGGGACCUGUUGCAGGAUCUAUCUCGAUUCUCCAUAAAUCUAUUUCACCUCUAGAACCGAUCGUUUGAGAAUCUGUUAUCUAGAAUUUAAGAGAAAACAUAAUGAUAUGGAGAAUUUAACCAAUUCAAGAAUAUUUGUGCUGAAAAAAGGCACGUAAUCUUUUUAUUCAUUUUUGAAUUAAUUUGCUGUUAUCAUAUGGAUUUAUAGGACUUGUCUCUAUAUAAGAAAGUUCUUGGAAUUGAUUUAUUUUGUCGUUAUUUUAAUAUGGCUAAAUGUGAUGCUUUUCAUUAUUUAUUUCGUGUGCGUUCUAAUAUUUAUUUUUUCACCUGGACUGCGGCUUUGACAUCAGCAAAUUUUGUUGUUCAUAAUAUUGGUUCAUGAUAUAAGUGAGGUAUAAACGAUGUAUUUUAUUUCAUUCCAAUUUUUGAUGUAUUUCUGAUGCAUAUUUUCUCGUUAAAUUAUACUUGUAAAUAAAAUUGUCGUUUUGACAGAAGUUUUGAAAUCUAUUUCUAGUGAAAUGUAAUUUAUAAUAUUUUUAUGUUACAAUAAAACCAACUGUAUUUUCAC